AUGACCAAACCCAGGCAGAGCUCAGACAGGAACUGGGCAGCUUCCACAAACUACCACAGCCUGUAUGAAGAACAGCUCCAGAGGAUGAACAGCAUUGGGAGACAUCUUGAAUCCAAGCGCCAGGUUUUGGCCCCUCACCCAGCGCCUGAAGACCUACCAGCAACUGACGCAGCAUCAGCCAUGGGAUUCGUGCAGGAGCUGGAAGAGCUGCAGGAAUUGGUGAUGAAUAAAGAGCUUCUUGUACAACAGCUGCACAGUCAAUUGAGGGAUGCCAUCCACAGCCAGGAACUGAGCCGCAUCGAGGUGUUUGAGAAGGACGCUCGGCUCCAAGAGCUGCAGGACACCAUCACAGAGCUGCACCAGGAGAUUUCUCUCAAGGAUUCAAAGGCUGUAAUUCAUCUGCAAGAAAAACACCAUCUUGAGAACCAAGUUAAAGCAUUGAGCCAGGUUGCUAACAAGCCUUCAGAAACCUCUUCCACAGAUACCCACUCCACUCUAUCCAAAAGUAACACACUUCUGAAAGAUGAGUUGGAUCGUAGAGACACAGACCUCAGGGAAGCUCAGAGUGAACUUCUCACACUACAGAACACCAGAGAUGUCCUCUCCUCAGAGCUUGAUGCUCAGGAACAGCAAGUGUACAGACUGCAGAGAGAACUGAAGGAAAGACAAGAGGAGCUGGAGCAGAGACAUGUCAGAAUACAACAGCUUCAUAAAGACCUGAAGGCCACAUCUACACAAAGAGAUGAGGCCCAUCGACAGCUGUCUGAAUGCAACCUGCGUCUGUCCCAGCUGGAAGGGGAGAACUUUGCCUUGAGAGUGCGCCAGCGUGAGCAGGAGGCAGAGAUUGAUAAACUUAGGGAAGGAUCUCUGUACAUGCCGAGAGAGGAGCCGGCCCAGACGACAUGGGACCUGCACCACAGAGAGGAGCUAGAAGAUCAACUUCUAAAAGCAGAAUGUGCUGAACGAGAACAUCUGACACUAAUACACAGGCUGAGAGAAGAGCUACAGGACACUGUGUUUGCGCUGAGUACCAAGCAGGAGGAGCUGCAGGGGGCACAGUCAGAGACUGCCUCCCUGCGAGGAAGAUAUAGCAGCUGCCAGAGAGAAGCAAUGGAAUUGCAGCAGCGAGUGCUGGAGCAGGAGAGGAAGAACGCAGAGCUGCAGAGGGAGCACCGAGGCACACUGGAGGGUCUGCACAGAGCCAGGGAACAGAUUCUGAAUCUGGAACAGUCAGUGCAGGAACUCCAAGAGGAAAAAGUGAGACUUCAGGAGCACAGUCAGCAACUGGAGCAGGAGACUGGAGCCUUACAUGCUGAGCUGGAGACUCAGAGCUUAGCCUUAGGAGAGCACAAUAGCAUGGUGGAAAGUAAGUUAAACCAGAAAGAGCAGCAGGUGGACCGCCUGCGCAGAGAAGUGCAGACUAUGAGGAGGCAGCUGCAAAAUGCAGAAGACAAGGUCCAGCAGCUGGAAAUUACGAAGGGCAGUCUUCAGGAAGAGCUGUCACUGCGUCAUGCCGAGAAGUCUUCACUUACUGAAACCACCCUGAGGCUAGAGAGGGCGAUACGAGAUCUUAAUAUAGAGACGGAGGACAUGGAGCAGAAGGUUCAGUUCCAGACCAGAGCCACAGACAGACUUCAAGCCCAGCUUGCAACCUGUGAUUCCGAACAAGAGACCGCACGUGAGAAGAUCUCAUUAUUACAGGAGGAAAGGGACUCUUUGAUGAACAAGGUCCACCAGCUUCAGAAAGAGCUUUGCUUGGACUCUCUUACUCGCCUCCAGUCUUCUUCCAUCUCUGCUAGUGGAGCACCAGGAUGAAGUCCUUUCCUUUCCCUGU